CUAGACAACUACUAGCACUCCCCACUUAUCUGAGCUUUGCGGAGUUGUUCAGCCAAUAUUAUCACGAAAUCUCCGAAACGCGAGAAGCAGUGUGCACGGAUUCUCCUACGACCACCAUGGCCUCAAAAGCUAACCCCCUCUCUUUGAACGACACCCUGCGCGACCUUGCUUUGCUACGUGCUUGCGAUCUUGACUUGGCGAGCGUGCUGCCUCCCGAGUCUGCCUCAGACACGAAGUCACCGGCAGACGAGUCUGUUGACCGCUCAUACGAAUUCGUUCGUGAAGCGCGAGGAGCUUUGAAGGUUCAGAACAGGGGAGAAGUGGAGAGGCAGGGAUCGCGCGUAGAGGAUAUCAGAGGCACGUUGGAAGACACGAAGCGAGGCUUAGAAUCUCAACAGUGACUGGUACUGAGCGAUCUGCGCCGGUGAGCGGUACUGGCGGCCAUGUCCUCACACG